CCCCUCACUGCGGCGGACAGCGCCCCCCUGCGUCACUCACACCGCAGGAUCCAUGCUCCUCCGGGUGUGCCGAACAGCUCUCAGCGUCCCCUCCCCACCCCGGGCCGCUGCAGCUCCAGAGCGAGUUCACACCAUGCCGCGGAAGGAGAGCAGAGAGGGAAAAGGACAGAAGAAGGAGGCGGCACAGGCUGCCCAUCCUACAGGUCCUGUUGUACUGGACAGAAGUGGCAGUGUUUUAAUAUCUGUACAUGCCAAACCAGGUUCUAAACUGAAUGCUGUAACAGAUGUGACGACAGAGGCUGUUGGAGUUGCAAUUGCAGCUCCUCCAUCUGAAGGAGAAGCAAAUGCUGAAUUAUGCCGCUAUCUCUCCAAGGUCCUGGAGGUGAAGAAAAGUGAAGUUAAUCUUGAAAAGGGUGGAAAAAGUCGGGAAAAAAUAGUGAAGAUUUCAGCAGCUACAACACCAGAAAUUGUUUUGGAAAAACUAAAGAGUGAAGCAUCCAAAAGCUGAUUAUUUUUUCUUGUUGAUGGACUUUUUGAAUUUGAUGAAAUUAUACAGAGAAGCCAUGCUGAAAUAAUAAAAAUCAACCACGUUUUAAUCUACCGUACAUAUAACAUGAUGGUCAAGCGUUUUAUUGAGGAACUACUACUUUACAAUACUGUCAGCAGAUAUUCACAAAUGUCUGAAUAAUGAAGAGCAGAUAAUAUUAGCCUCAUGGUAGACACCACCCAAUGUGCUACGAACCCACAAGCCAGCGCCGUAAUACACUGGGAGGACUGACUAGUCCACUCGAUGUAUUACAAUGGGAAAGGUGGUAGUUUGACCGUAAAAAAAAUUAUUUAUCUGGACUCGAGGAGCAUUUAGCUCUCCAGGGAGGUGACUGAUUCCCUUAAAUGGGGU